AGUUGAAGCGAUUCACCUGUUGGCUCGAGCCACGGCGGUUACAGGAGGCGUUGCGACUGUCCCUCUCCCACUCACUCACUCACACACACACACACAAGGGACUCGGCCUGAGCCGCCUGAGCCAGAGACAUGCCGCUGGGCCUCAGAAGCAGAAAGAAAAACAAGACGAAGGAGAGCUCGGCGCUGGUGGGGCUGGUGGAGAACGAGGAGGUGGGCAGCUGGCGCGGCGGCAAAGCGGCGGCGGGGGCGGCUCCCCCUCAGGCCAGCACCAAGCUGGUCUUCCACACGCAGUUGGCUCACGGCAGCCCCACGGGCAGGAUCGAGGGCUUCUCCAACGUCAAGGAGCUGUACGCGAAGAUCGCCGAGGCGUUCAACAUUUCCCCGGGAGAGAUAUUAUUCUGCACAUUGAAUACCCAUAGGAUUGACAUGGACAAACUCCUUGGGGGACAGAUUGGCUUGGAAGAUUUCAUUUUUGCACAUACAAGGGGCAUUAAGAAAGAAGUGCCCAUAUUAAAGGCUGAAGAUGCUCUGGGAUUAACAAUAACAGAUAAUGGAGCAGGAUUUGCUUUUAUAAAGCGCAUCAAGGAAAACAGUAUCAUUGAUGGUGUUAAAGUAAUCUGUAUUGGAGAUCACAUAGAAUCGAUCAAUGGACAAAAUAUUGUGGGUUCUCGGCACUAUGAAGUUGCCAAGAUGUUAAAAGAGUUGCCUAAAGGAAGCACAUUUACACUAAAGCUGGUGGAACCUACAAAAGCUUUUGAAAUGAUCGAACCAAGAUCAAAAGGAGGAAAGUCUGGAGGUGACAACAAGAUUGGUACAGGAAGGGGUACCUUGCGAUUACGUUCUAAAGGACCUGCAACCGUUGAGGAAUUGCCAACAGAAUUUGAAGAAAAGGCUAUCAAAAAAGCUGAUGAUCUAUUAGAAACCUAUAUGGGUAUAAGGGACACAGAACUAGCUGCAACAAUGGUCGAAGUUGGAAAAGAUAAGAAAAAUCCUGAUGAAUUUGCGGUGGCACUUGAUGAGGCUCUUGGAGACUUCGCGUUCCCAGAUGAAUUUGUUUUUGAUCUUUGGGGAGCAAUAGGAGAUGCAAAGAAGGGCAGAUUUUAGUGUAACAUUUCAUUGUAACUAAACAGUGUGUGAAAUUUUUCAUUCAUUGCUUUCUAUUGGACCAAUAAAUUUGUAGCCUGAAGACUGAAGAAAUACAGUUGAGAUUUAAGCAUUUGACUCUUGUGACUCCUACCGAUUCCUUGCUGGAUAUAUACCCUUGCACCAUGACCACUUUUUUCAAUGACUAAGCCUGCACCUGUGAGAACAGUAAUCCUAAGUGUAAAUGCACAAUUCAUUCUACUUGCAUAAAUGAUUUCUUUGGACCAAACGUUUAUGAAAAGUAUUUAUGUACUUCAUUAUUCCAGUUGUAAUAUGUUGACUUGUAUAAAUUAAGCAUAGAAGUCCUUUUGUAACCAAAAAUGUUUUUUUUAAUUACAAGUUGGUGAUUUAAGCUUUAAAUUUAUGUAUCUAUAGUGUGCCUAUGAUUUUUUAAAUGGUUUUGUAAUUUUUUUAAUCUUUGCAUGAAUAUAAUGGUGAACAUGUUGCGUAGAUUAAGCUUGACUUUUUUUAGAAAAACAACUAUAUAAACUUUGAACUGAAGUUAUUCAGUUUUGUUAAUUUAUCCCUAAAUUCACAAAAUCUGCUGCCUUAUUCUAUAUACAUACAAGUUUAAUGUGAUUGCUUGGAUUGCUAUAGCAAGUCUUAAUUGUAUAAGUAUAUUUCUUGUUCCUUCCCACCAGCACUCAGGCUCAGAUGCUUUUUAACUAUUGUGAAACAUAAAGAAACCAGCUGUUUCUUAAACUAUUUGAAACUUUGGAACAGCUGCUUUAAUUGAACUCGUUCUUCCCAGAUAGCUUGAAACAAAGAUUUUUGUUUAGACAUAAAAUACACUAAAUAUUAAUGGAUAUAUCAUUUCUUGGAUGUCUAUAAUCUUUAACAUUUAGUUUUAUUUAUUUGAACUAUUUGUAUCUUUUGUCAAUAUUAUCUAUUCAAGAUUUAAAUGGAGUUCAUCUGUGUAUCCAUGUAUCAUUACUAUAUACAAAUGCAUUUUUAUCAGAAGUAUCUGUCUUUUAUAAAACAAAAUGUUUGCUUUUAAAUUCCACCAAUUUUCUUCUGCACUUUGGAUAAUAGGGGAAACAUAAGUGAAUGUAACUUAUUUAAUACUUACAAAUGGUAUCAUGUGAUGAGAAUGUCUAGACAUUAUGGCCAUAAUUAUAUUUUUAAAUGCCACUUUGAUUUUCAAUGACUACUUUGCCUAAAGCAAUGCAUUUUAUGUGUGGACUACUGAAAUAAUAUUUUAUGAUAGAUCAGGAAAAAUGUAAUUAUGUCUGCAAAUAUUUUUUUCCCAAUAAAGUUGAGAAAUGUUGAUGUAUUUCAACAGAUUUAU